AAGUUAAGUCCUUUUUUGGCAAAGAUUAUUAAUUUAAUAUUGGAAAUAAUAACUCAUACCUCACCCCAAACUGAUAAACUUUGAUACAUAUUAAAUCGAGUUUAACCCAUCAUUAUAAAACUGACUUGUAAAUUCUCAUUCUUUAUAAACUAAUUUUAUUCAUUAUCUCUUUUCGAUGUGCGACUUAAGUUUUUUUCGAUAAAAUAUGAUUAUUUCAUUUAUUUCCAUUGUUUAUUACUUCUUGGCUCUUUUCAAUUUAUGGUCUGAACAUAACUUACAAGGCAACAUUUCAAAUUAGACCAAUAUUUGGUUAAGUUUUUAAUAUAAGCUCACCAUCCAAAAUUCUAUGACCCCUUGCAUAAUUUCUUUGGGCAUCAAUUUGGAAUUGCCAUUUAAUUCCAAUUAAUUUGUGUUUCUACUCACAUCACAUGGCACCAAUAGACAACUACCUUAUUGAAUUUGUCAUCAACCAUUGUCACUACAUUCAAAAACCAUACACUAAAUAAGUUAUACACUUUGGAGUGCAAUAUUAUUCUUGUCACAUUUAUAUUCUUAAAAAAAAAAAUCUCCAUUACCCUUUUGUGAAUUAUUUUCAAUGUCAGCUAUUAUUGCAAUGGCUGUGUUUGCCACAGCUCUAGCUAUGUUACUCAUUGCAGGAAUUUUCCUUUACUUCUACCACAAAUUUGUUCUUGCUAGAUUCAAAAGUAGAAGAAACAAAGUUACUACUAGAGGUUUUGUUCAUGAGAUGAACCAUUAUGAAGAUAUAAAAAGAUUUGGUGGUAAUGUGAAAGGACUAAUUGUUGAAGAAAAUGGUGUUGAUGUUAUUUAUAUGAUGGAUAAAGAAAGUAGACAAAUGAUAUCUAGAUUUCCAAAUUGUAUGUUCAAUCCUAGUUUUGAAGAAGAUGAAGAAGAAAAAGAAAAGAUAAUAGAUGUUUUGGUUCAUAGGUCUAAAGUAUCUAAUCCUCAUGAGAUUCCAUUUGCAUGUGAAUCUCCACUUCCACUUCCACCACUACAAAAAUCUUCAUCAAUGAAUCUUGAAAAGAAGAUUCACAUGAGUUAUUAUAAUCAGCCACUACUUUCUCUUCCUCUUUCUCCUCCUCCACCACCACCUCCACCACCGGCUCCUGCAAAGAAAGAAAUUCCGAAGGCACCACUUCGUCUACCGCUACCACCUGGUCCACCUCCACUUCCAAAGUCUAAAGGUUUUAUUUCAACCAUGAAACCACCAGCAAGACCUAAAGGAAAAGCAAAUAUGAAAGAGGGUAUUGUAGGAGAGAGUUCAAGAGAUAAAAGUGGUGGCCAAACAAGGCUCAAGCCUUUACAUUGGGAUAAGGUUGCAGCUGAUGUUGAUCAUUCAACUGUGUGGGAUCAGAUCAAUGAUGGAUCUUUUAGGUUUGAUGAUGAACUCAUGGAAUCGCUCUUUGGAUAUUCAAACACCUAUCAUAGAACCCAAGAAAGAAACAGGUCUCUUUCCAGUUUGUCCAAGUCCAAUUCCAACACACAAACUCAAAUAUUCAUCCUUGAGCCAAGAAAAUCUCAAAACACUGCAAUUGUGCUGAGAUCACUAGCAGUUUCUCGGUGCGAAAUAUUGGAUGCAGUACUUGAUGGUCAAGGACUCAGUGUUGAGACACUUGAAAAACUCACUAAAAUAGCUCCCUCUCAAGAAGAAGCAUCCAAAAUUGUCCAAUUCAUUGGCAACCCAAAUAACCUUGCAGAAGCCGAGUCUUUCCUAUACUACAUCCUUAAAGCAGUUCCAACAUCAUUCAACCAUUUGAAAGCAAUGCUUUUCAGAUCGAAUUACGAUAGCGAAAUUCUUCGGCUUAAAGAACACUUACACACACUUGACUUGGGUUGCAAGGAACUGAAAACUAGUAGUCUAUUCUUGAAACUCCUUGAAGCAAUUCUCAAAACUGGUAACAGAAUGAAUGCUGGAACUUCAAGAGGUAAUGCACAAGGUUUCAACUUGAGUGCUCUUACAAAACUUUCUGAUGUAAAAAGCACAAAUGGAAAAACUAGUUUACUUCACUUCAUAGUUGAACAAGUAGUUCAUUCAGAGGGGAAAAGAAAAGCUAUCUAUGAAAAAUACAAUGAUGAAAGUGAAAAAGAAUAUAUAAUCCUUGGUUUACAAGUGCUAAGUGGUCUAAGUAAUGAAUUAUCAGAAGCAAAAAAAGCAGCUAGCAUGCACUAUAAUAGUUUCAUCACAAUGUGUUCAACUCUUAGUUCUCAUGUUAAUGAAAUUAGACACAUUAUAACAUGUUGUGGAAACACUAAAGGUGGAUUUAUCAAUGAGAUGAAAGGGUUUCUAGAGUUAUGUGAGGAAGAACUUAAGGUGGUGAAAGAGGAUCAAACAAGGAUCAUGGAACUUGUGAAGAAAACAAAUGAGUACUAUCUAGCAGGAACAUCUAAAGACAAUAUGUCUAAUCCUUUUCAUUUGUUUGUUAUUGUAAAAGAUUUUGUUGACAAGGUAGGUCAAACUUGUAUUGAACUAAAAAAGAAGGUAGAAAAGAAGAAUGUAGGAAUGGAUUCUGUAUCAACAACACCACCUUUGUCUCCAUCAAAGAAGGUGCCACUGAGAUUUCGUAGCAUUGAUUUCAAUUUUCUGUCAAAUAAGUUAGAGUUAGAGUCUACAUUUUCCAGCCAGUCAGAAGAUGACUUCUGAAGCUUGAUUUUGCAUUUGUAUCUCUUUGAUUUAUGCAAAAAGUUGGCUAUUUUAGUUCCUUCUUUAAUAAUAUACUUGUUAUGUAAAAUAUGUAACUUGGACAAACUUUAAGGUGCACAUAAAUUAUUAGUGUAUAUCCGUUGUGUUAUUGGAACAUCAAAAUAUUGACACAGUA